AAAACCUGUCCAGCAAAUAAGAACAUCUAUAAUAUAGACUCAAGAAGUGCACUAAAUCCUAAGGAACUCCUCUUCAUAACAAUGUUAUUUUUCUGUAUAAGGUGGCUUUUUUUUUAACAAUGGAUCAGAAAAUUCCUUAUGAUGACUACCAACUCCCAGUGGUGUUCCUGCCUUCUUAUGAGAACCCACCAGCAUGGAUACCCCCACAGGAGCGGGUUCAACACCCUGACUACAACAAUGAGCUCACCCAGUUCCUGCCUCGUACUAUCGUAUUAAAGAAACCACCCGGAGCACAGCUGGGCUUCAACAUCCGAGGGGGCAAGGCCUCCCAGCUGGGCAUCUUCAUUUCCAAGGUGGUCCCAGACUCAGAUGCCCACAGAGCAGGACUGCAAGAGGGAGACCAGGUUCUGUCUGUGAAUGAGGUUGAUUUCCAAGACAUAGAGCACUCAAGAGCGGUAGAGAUUCUGAAGACUGCGCGAGAGAUACUAAUGAGGGUUCGCUUCUUUCCUUACAACUACCAAAGGCAGAAGGAGAGGACUGUCCAUUAGGUGGCAGCAAAGAGAGAGAGUUGUACAGUUGCGUCACCACACGUCACUACCCUCCUCCUACAGACUCUAGCCUUCAUUCUGUCUCAGCUUCAAGAUGACUGAUGUAUGACUAACAUCCUCACUCAAAGUCCUCAUUGUAAGGACACUAUCUUCUCUGUUUCAUCCCUCACCUCCAUAUCUGAGCGGUCCCUCAUCUACUGUGAAUCCAGGAUCAUUUCCAUCCAUCAGGAUGUGUUCACAGGAAGUGAAUGAAGUUUUAGUUAAACCACUAUUUCACAUCUUAAAUUAUGUAUAAUAAUUGCCUGGUCAAGCAUAAAGUUUAUAGACCAUGCAUAAUUUAAAUAUUGUUCUCGUCCAACCAUAAAAUCAAGUGUUAUUACUGUAGCUUUUUACAUACCUCUUGGUCAAGUACCAUAGUAGCAUUUGUGUUUACUGAACACAUUUGCGUUGGUCACGCUGGUGUAUGGUAGAGAUGCAUAUACACUCAGUUGCUUUAUGAUGUGCAGAUAGCUGAAACUAAUGCAGUCCUAUACAUCAACUUGCUGAUAAGUGUUGUCACCACAGUUGAUUUGUUUAAAACAGUUUUCUACGAAUCUAUCAAACUCACUAACCUGGCUUCCUGGAGCUUUCAAAUUCAUAUCACGCUCAGACAACAUCAUGUUUCUCACUGGAAAAAAUCAGUGUAUAUCUAGAAAAUGACAUAUAACUUGGAUUUCAUUAUGCAUUGACACAUGGUACACAGACAGCAGGGCCUUACGUGUUGUAAGAGCAAAUCAUAGUGCAAGACUUCUGGUAAAUAUCACUGAUCUGAAUAUCACUGUGAAAAUCCUGUUAAUCCAGUUUUUUAACAUAUUUAACAAAUUUGUGUAAUGAAAUAUUAAGAUGUGUAUAUAUAUGUAUAUAUAUAUCUAUAUAUUUCUGUGACUGCUGUUGUGGACCCAACUUUACUUGCUGUCAAUUCUUUUUUCCAUGUUUCAUGCAUUAUGUGUUUUACAUAACCUACUUUGGGCUAAAUGAUAUUGCAAUUAUUUAAAAUAUGAACUGUAAACUAGUGUACAAGGUGCCAAACUGUAUAAUUAUACAUCAUAACAAUGCAUGACAGUAAAUUACACCCUGCAUGAGAGUAGCUAAAAGGCUUAAUUCUGUAACAGGGUGUAUAUCUGUGUGCAAUGCAACCGUGUUAGCUGGAUUUUACUCUAACCCGAAGACUGACAGGUACUUUUAUCAUUUUGUACUGGUGUUUUUGUAGAUGUCCUAAUAAGUGAAGUCAGCAGAUACAAGAUAUGGGCGUAAAAAAAUCGACAGAUAUUUCUAGAAAGCAGUUGAAUACCUCUGGAUGUUGCUUCAGCAUGCUAGUAAACAUUUAAUACAUUUGUUUGUAUUCUAAUAACUAACGUCUGCAUCUCAACUUUCCUUUUGUGCACUAAUUCUUUUCACUAAAGGAUUAACUUUUGGUUUUCCAUCUGAUGAUCUUGUUUUCCAGCACUACUUUGACAUGGUAAAUGUAGUAAAACGCUUUGAACCCUUGUAA